CCCAAAAUGUCAGCACCCUAGGAACUCAUGCACCGGACGAUUACAGGACUGUUUCCUUUAAAGAUUCGUGUAUUUCUAUCGUCGUGACAGUCCACUAACGAUCCGUCAGUGUAGCCAUAUCCCAGAUUCAUGGCAAUACAGAAUUUUUCCACAGCUAGCUUCGUUAGCUAACGCCAGCUAGCAUCUGUUUAUCCUUCAUGCUGUAAAGUGAAUUGGCUUCACGACAACAUGUCGUUUUCUUUAGCGAAACGUUGCUGUGAAACACCCCUUUUAAGACGUGUUUUACAGUUUAAAAUGUGCACAAGGAAAAUACAAAACUGUAACAUGAGCUAUACACUGUUAAGACAUCGCUGGAUGAAAAGGCUGCCCUUGUUCUCCAGCAGCUUCAGGAUGAUCAGCAGACAAACAGACAAGGAAACUAUUGACCUGUCUAAGUUCCCUGUGGACAGAAUCAGGAAUUUUUGCAUCAUUGCUCAUAUUGACCAUGGAAAAAGCACUUUGGCUGACAGGCUGUUGGAGAUGACAGGUGCCAUAGCAAAGACUGAGAAGAACAAACAGGUGUUGGACAAGCUUCAGGUGGAGCGGGAGAGAGGGAUAACCGUGAAGGCCCAGACAGCCUCUCUGUUGUACAGCCACCUGGGACAGCAGCACCUCCUGAACCUCAUUGACACGCCGGGUCAUGUCGAUUUCAGUUAUGAAGUGUCUCGAUCGAUAUCUGCGUGCCAAGGUGUCCUGUUGAUUGUCGAUGCCAAUCAGGGGGUUCAGGCGCAGACGGUGGCCAACUUCUACCUCGCUUUUGAAGCUCAGCUGGCAAUCAUCCCCGUCAUCAACAAGAUUGAUUUAAAGAACGCUGAUCCAGAGAGAGUGGAGUCACAGAUUGAAACGGUGUUUGAUAUUCCACGUGAAGAGUGCAUUAGGAUUUCAGCCAAACUUGGAACAAAUGUUGAAAAGGUUCUCCAAGCGGUUGUGAGCAGAAUUCCACCACCUGUGGCAAGUAUUGAUGACCCAUUCAAAGCCCUAGUGUUUGACUCUAAUUUCGACCACUAUAGAGGAGUGGUGGCCAACAUCGCUGUGUUUGGGGGUCGGGUCAGAAAAGGGGACAGGAUCGUGUCAGCGCACCUCGGUAAAACUUACGAGGUCAACGAGCUGGGGCUCCUCCGGCCGGAUGAGCACCCAACACAGAAGCUGUUUGCAGGCCAGGUGGGCUACAUAAUAGCAGGGAUGAAGGAUGUGAAGGAGGCCCAGAUUGGUGACACACUCUACCUCCAGGAGCAGCCAGUGGAACCUCUUCCAGGGUUUAAACCUGCCAAAGCCAUGGUCUUUGCUGGCAUGUAUCCGAUGGACCAGUCAGAGUACCAGGGCCUUCGUAGCGCCAUUGAGAGACUGACCCUGAAUGACUCAAGUGUCACAGUGCAGAGAGACAGCAGUCUGGCCCUGGGAGCAGGCUGGAGACUUGGCUUCCUGGGCCUUCUCCAUAUGGAGGUGUUCAAUCAGAGGCUGGAGCAGGAAUACAACGCCUCUGUCAUAGUAACGGCGCCCACCGUGCCCUACAAGGCCGUCCUCUCUUCAGCCAAACUCAUCAAGGAGCACGGCAGCCAGGAGAUCACCAUCGUGAACCCUGCUCAGUUCCCAGACAAAUCCGUUGUGUCAGAGUAUUUGGAGCCCAUGGUACUGGGGACCAUUCUCGCUCCAGACACCUACACUGGCAAGAUUAUGACUCUCUGCUUGAAUCGCAGAGCCGUCCAGAAGAACAUGGUGUACAUAGACAGCCAGCGUGUCAUGAUGAAGUAUCUCUUUCCUUUAAAUGAAAUCGUUGUGGAUUUCUAUGACCUCCUCAAAUCUCUGUCGUCUGGAUAUGCAAGCUUUGACUAUGAGAAUGCCGGCUACCAGGCUGCUGAUUUGAUAAAGAUGGAUAUUCUGCUGAAUGGGCGGCCGGUGGAAGAACUCACCACAAUUGUCCAGAGAGAACGUGCGUAUAGCACAGGGAAAGCCAUGUGCGAGCGACUCAAAGACUCCAUACCGAGGCAGAUGUUUGAGAUCGCCGUGCAGGCUGCCAUUGGAAGUAAGGUCAUUGCAAGGGAAACGAUUAAGGCGUACAGAAAAAAUGUUCUCGCUAAAUGUUACGGAGGUGACAUAACACGGAAGAUGAAGCUACUGAAGAAGCAGGCAGAGGGUAAAAAGAAGAUGCGGCUUAUCGGCACUGUGGAAGUUCCCAAAGACGCCUUCAUCAAUGUUCUGAAGAGGAAAGACAAAUAGACUGCUGCAAUAUUAGUAUAUUAUUAUAUUAUUGUAUCAUUAUCAUAUGCAUCAGGUCUUGAAUAAAGUGGUCAC